CAUGAGUCGGAGAGGGAAGAAGCCUACUCUUGGCUUGGCCCAGAUACUUGAGUCAAUCCCUAAAAGCUAUGAUUUUGAGUAUUGUGCAGUCGAUUCUACCCAGACGCGAUCAUUCUUGUUGAGCAAUCUCUCAUCGGGAAUCAUGAAGUUUACUAUCAGGAAAUCUGAGAAUAGUCCCUUUGAAGUUAGUCAUACCUCAGGAGUACUACAAGUCAAGGACAAACAGGAGAUAGUCAUAAGUUAUACACCAAAAGAAUGUGAAGUCAUUAUUACAUCUAUAAUAAUCAACCUCAACGGUGAGGAAGAGAGAGUAGUAAAGUUAUCAGCAGUAUCGAAGCAUCCUCUCUUGAGUGUCACUGAUACCUCUCUAGAUUUUGAAGAACUCCUUGUAGGGAAAUCUGAAGCAAAGGAAAUCCUUGUCCAUAACAUAGGCCAAGUCCCUACGUAUUUCAAAAUAGAGAAAGCUAAGUCGGAGGAUGAAGAUACUUCGUUCUAUGUCACUCCAAAGAAAGGGUACAUUCCUCCUGGAGAAAGUUAUUCUCUGACAUUUAAGUAUAAGCCUAGGCUUGUUGGUGUCUGCUCCAAUGCCCACUUCACAGUCAGAAGUAAAGGAGGCAAUAAGAUAGAUAUUAGUUGCUUCGGAGUUGGAACAGGCUAUGAUGUCCACCUCAGUGCAAAAAGUAUGAACUUUGGAGAAACUUCAUACGGAAAUAGCAUCACUAGGUUAAUUAAUGUGGUAAACAAUAGUGAUCUUGCAACCUCAUUUCAAUUCUUAGUAGACCAAAAAAACACUUUUUCGUUUUCAGUCACUGAAGGAGUAGUCAAAGCUAGAAAUUCAGUGAGAGUGAUUAUCUCUUUCAACCCCUUGAAGACUGGAAAUUAUUAUGAAAGAGUGUUCUGUCUAAUCAGGAAUCAUAAACUCCUAUACCUGGACCUGAUAGGUAAUUUAUAUGACGAAAUCACCAAGCCGCUUCCUCUCAUGCAGAGACAUGUUGAAGUGUUCCGCUACAAAGUAAUUAUGGGAAUCCAUUACAAGAAGAAACUCAAUGAGCAAGCAGAAGGUGAUGAAGACUCACUCCAAGAGAUUGAAAUGAACACACACGACGAAGAAGCUAAGCUCAAUCUUGAGGUUCCGAUUGAUGAUCCAAACCAUGUCCUUCAUAAAGAAAUGUUCCUAGAAAAUGAUUCUACUCUUAGAGAUGUGUCCAUUCAACAGCAAUUUAUCGAUUUUAAUUACUGCGAAUAUGGUAAAUCUAGUGAAGGCCAAGGUAUGACUCUUGAGAAUAAACUACCUUAUAAAGUAGAAGUCAGAUUUGUUCUCCCAGAAGUAACUAAUUCUCAAGGAGAAGAGAUCAAAAACCCAUUUGCAGUCUCUGAAAUGACUGCAAUUAUCGAUGCCAAAUCUACGAAGAGCUUUGAUCUCAAAUUUCGCCCUUUCGAACCAGAUUAUUAUUUCUUCCAAAUCCUCCAGUGCUAUGUCUAUCUUCACAAUGGAAAUGAAAACAAAGUGAGAAAAGAUGACGAAGGGAACCCUCAAGGAACUAGUACAGUCCUCAAAAGAAACACCUUCAGAAGUACAAAGGUGUCUCGAUUUGGUGAGUCUAUGUCUGAAGAAAUAGACCCUCCUCUAUGUCUAAACCUCAGAAUAAUUGGUCAUUCCUUCAGUCCUGGCACUCAACCAUUUAUCCCAAUGGUGAAAUUUUUACCAAACAUGAAUGUGGUAUUCCCACCGUGCAGCCCUGGAGAGUCAGUGUAUCAGACAAUUAAGAUAUAUAACACAAGUGAUACCCCAGUGUUUUAUAAAAUGCUGCCAGACCCCUCGAAAGUGUUCAGAAUAUACCCUUUGAUAGGCCUUAUUCAAGGCAAAAGCUUUGCAUUGGUGUGCUUUGAAUUCAGUCCAAAAUCCGCAAACCACUGGAGCUUCACUUCUCAAUGCGUGUUGAAUUAUACUUAUACAAAUGUCCAGAACAUCCAUCUGAGUGGGAAAUGCUUCAAGCCAGAUAUCACACUUGGAAACAAGGGAAAGCUGUAUUUCCCACCCACGUACACAGGGGUUUCCAAGAAGCAGCACUUAGUGAUCAAGAACAACUCUAGGAUACCUCUAGAGUACGACUGUCAUGUUCCAGCUAAGUAUGAAGAAGUGGUCAUUUUUGACCCACCAAAGGCUGUUUUACAGGCACAUGAGGAGAAACAUGUUGUUUGCACAUUCACACCUAUUACAAAAAGAGAGUAUAAGCUUUCAGUACCUAUCCAAGUCACGAAUAUCUUUGAUGUCACUAAAGAGAUGAUUGGGUACUUCAACCCUGGAAGUGGAGUUGCAGUUAAAGCUCAGCCCAAGCGUGAGCAAGCCAAAUAUGAAGUCAGAGUCUAUGGGGUUGGAAAUGAUGGUAGUCUUUCAAUCAAGCCUUCUAUGUUAGAAUUCGACACUGUCACAGUUGGCUUUACAAAGAUAUUAUCUCUGACGGUGAUAAACAAGAGCAAGACUAAUCUUUAUAUUGAUUUUCAACUUGACCAACUUGAUAUCGAGAAGAAGAGUCCUGAGGAACAGAAAGAAAUUAGGAAAAUUGUGAAUGAGAAUUUCAAAUUUGACUUCCAGCAAGGGAUCGUACCUGCCCUCUCUAAGAAAGCAGUGAAGAUAAUUUUCAAGCCAUCACUUAGGUACAAUUUCGAAAUCAAGCUGUUAUGUAAUGCUAGAGAGAAACCUGUGAAUGAUUUGCGAUCAACUAUACAAGCUAAUCAAUUUUUAUCCCAAAAAUAUACAAUCAAUAUCAUGGCCAAAGGAGAUUUCCCUCUGCUCAGAUUUGCUGAUAUCCGAAAUGAGCAACUCAGUGUGUCAAAUCUAUGGGAAAAGUUUCAGCUCACUGCUCUGAAUAAAGAGCUUCUGACUGUCCUCAACAAAGACGAAAUAGAGUAUUCAAAUUCUGAACAGAAAACUAACCAAAGCGUCCAAGACUUACAGAAAAAUAUUAAAGUAUUCAGCUGGGAUUUUGGGAAAAUACCUAUUAAAUACAGUCAUAAACCAAGGAAAGUCACCCUUACUGUAAGAAACGUUGGAGGGGUUCAUGCUGAAUGGGGAUUCAAACUCCCAAAUGACUCAGAAAUAGAACUUGAGCCAUGGGCUGAUCCCGGAGAACCAACACCUGAGCAAGCCUUUGAGAAGCAUAUCUUGGAUAAUGAAAUCUUCAUGAUUGAACCAAAGACAGGAUCAUUGGCUCCUGGAGAGCAGACAGAUGUGAAUGUCUACUAUGUAUCGAAAGAAGUUAAUUUUCAUCACUUGAAAGUGUUCCUUCAGAUCAGCAAUGGGAAGCCUCUGAUUCUUGAUCUAAAGGGAGAAACUUUGUCUAGAAGGGCUAAUCUCAGACUCUGCAAGGAUGAGUACCACAUUCCUCCAGUACCUAUUGGGCUAGAGUGGUCUGUAACUUAUCCAAUAGAGAUCAAGAAUCUUGGUAUUACAAAGCUAAAGUAUAAAAUCGAUCUCGAAAGCCUAAAGAAGCUUAAUGAUGAAAAUCAUAACUUCAAUAUCUUUGACAUUGAGAACCCUGAAGGUGUUCUCAUGCCGAACGAAAUUCAGUAUCUCUAUUCAGUGUUUAGACCACUUGAGUGUAAAGAAUACAGCAUUGAUUUGCCUCUCAAGGUGUCUGAUAUCGAAGGAGUUGUCCAAAAUAUUUCCCUGAAAAUCAAUGGUAUCGGAUACCAAGGAGAAGAAAACAAGCCUAAGGAGAUUCAAUUCUAUGAAGAUCUUCCGAAAUGCAGAGCUCAUUGUCAAUCUGAUGAUGAAAUCCUCGCCGCUUUCUCAAUUGAAGAGAUUGACUUUGGAGAAGUUGAUCCAGAAGAACCUUCAAAAAGGAUGGUGAUCUUGUAUAACAUGUCUCCUACACAAAAACUAACUUUUGAGUUCUUCAAGACGGGUUUGCUGUGCACUGAUAAUAUUAAUUUGAUGCCAAUAUCAGGAGAGCUUGAGCCAAAUUCACACAAGAAUAUUAAAAUGGUACUCAAAGCAGCCCAGCUUCCUACCAUUUUCGACGGAGAGAUCAUGUGUCAAAUAGAAUGGGAAGAUAACGCCAACAGAGGAGUGGGAACCAUCAAUGAGACCCACACUGGAACCAAGAGUGUGGUCACCCAUGCUAAUGAGAAUGAAUUCUUGUUCAUCCGUCUCAAGAAGCGUUCUUGUUUGGAUAAAUAUGUUAGAAAUAACAACUAUGAGUUAGUUAAAGAUCCAGUGAAGCCAUCUCUUUUCCUAAACAAUCUAUUUGUUGAUGCAAUGAAUGAAGUCCUUGAAGACAAAGAUACAGAGAAACUGUUUGAAAAACUUGAGGAAGAACCCAUCGGAACUUAUUCAAUGCUUGAUGAACAAGAGCCUCCUACCUGAAUGGAUGUAGUUGACCAGCUCGAUGAAGGAAUCAAGGAAUACAAAGCAGAGAACAACCUCAAUGCUAUUGGAUGGAUUGAGCAAUUCAGACAUCCUAGUUACGAAGCUGAGAUCCAAACCCAGACUGGCCUUGAUGAAGAUGAGCUUUUCUGCAAAAGGAUCCUACUAGAUUCAAGAUACUCCGAUUUGAUAGAGUACAUGCUAGAAGAUACGAUGUUCAACUUAAUGGAAGAAGCAACUUAUGAAGAAUUUGAUCUUUCCCAGAUUCAAAGAACAUAUAUUAAGAAAGAAGAUCUAGAGUAGCUAAUAAUUAGAGUAAAACUACACCUUGAAAUACAACCUUUUC